AUCAGGCGCGCUUCUCUAAACGUGUCCUGCGUGCCCUGCAGAUAACUCCAUGGGACAGAGCGGGUCAGGCACGUAACAGCGUAACAGCGACUUCUAAGCUCCCUAUCCUCUUCUGAGACUCAGGCAUUUAGCGUCUGCGCAGGGGCACAGGAAAGCAACACUACUAAUGCUGGGUAAGGGGACCAAGGUGCUAACCUUUAAUUUAAUCCCCUUCCCACCCAACCCCACCCCCGGGCUGGGGUGCACCGGACCUGGAGUCCCACCCGGGGCGGGGCGCUCCUGAAGCUCCUCCCUCUGAGCCUGGGUUGAUUGCUCCGCUGCUGCAUCUCAGCGCGCAACCCGCGAUGUAUCUCCGCAGGGCUGUGUCCAAAACACUGGCGCUGCCCCGGAGGGCGCCCCCCGGUCCCGCGCCGCUGGGGAAGGACGCAUCUCUUCGCCGAGUGUCGUCCAGCAAAUUCCCUGGAACAUCUGGCUCCAAUAUGAUCUAUUACCUGGUUGUAGGUGUGACAGUCAGUGCUGGUGGAUAUUAUACUUACAAGGCUUUCACAUCAAAGCAAGUCAGACAUACAGAACCUGUAACAGACCUGAAGGAACAAACAAAGGCGGAGUUACAACCACUUCAAGGUGAGAAGGAGCACGUGACAGAAACCGAGAAAGCAUGUUCAGAGACUGGAGAAAUUUCUAUAAAGGAAGCUGAAUCGGUAGAUGCUGAGGAAGUCCCAGAGGCAGCAGCUGUGCUUCCAGAAGAGUCUCAAGACUCCGCCUCCGAGGUCCCUGCCGAAGCUGCCCCGGUGGAGACAGCCGUAGAGAGCUCAGAGUCUGAGCUGAAGAUCACGGACGCUUCCCUGGUGGAGACCACCGAGGGCGUCCCUGAGUCCACUCGGGAGGUGGAGAGUGCAGCCCCAGACCAGGCUGAUGUUUGCAAUGAGGGGGGCGGGACCAGCCAGGAGGGGGCUGACACCAGCCAGGAGGGGGCUGACACCAGCAAGGAGGAGGCUGACACCAGCAAGGAGGAGGCUGACACCAGCAAGGAGGAGGCUGACACCAGCAAGGAGGAGGCUGACACCAGCCAGGAGGGGGCUGACACCAGCCAGGAGGGGGCUGACAGCAAGGAGGCUGAAGGUACCACUACUGAGGACCUGAGCUCGGUCUCUGAGGAGAGUGACAAACUAGAAGAAAGCCCUCCCUCAGGCUCAGAACCCUCUGCCCAGCCUGAGUCACAAGAAGAAACCGAGGUCACAGCUGAAGCAGCAUCACCCCAAGGCUGAUCUGCAGAAUUCUAUAGUUGCUUUUGUAUUUUUAGUAACCUUAGCCCUUCUUCCUAGAAUAUUUUAAUAUCCCUUAAAGAAUUUGGCUUCACUGAUAGAUAUUUGAUUGGGAUUGGGGUUUUUACAUAGCUUAAUAGUUUUCUACCCUCUAAAAUCAGGCUGUGUUAAGACCUUAAAUAGUGUUAAGUUUGGAUUUAAAUUUUACAUUUUAGAAAUUGAGUUAUCUACGCAACUGGUGUCACUUUGAUUUUGCUUUGCCUUUCUCUUACUUUAUGAUACGUAGAUUAUUGGGUUUGACGUGAGCUCACUUAAAUAA